GUGCAUUGUACAUGGGGGGUGGAGGUUACACCAAGUCAGCACUCCGCUUGUUGGGAAACAUCAGUGUCAGUUUCCCCUGGAGCUCCUGUGCGGCCUCGGUCGCAGAGAAGGUUGUGAUCUUUUGUCAUUAGGAGGAAAGGAUGGAUUUAUACACGCCGACUGCAUCCGCUUUACAUGCUCGAUGAUGCCAAAAGAUUAGAUCAAGGGAGGCAGAGAUGUGACAACACUUGUUUCGGGUGGGGGAUUCAGACUGACAGCUCCUGGCCUGUCCGCGCAGGUGCACCUAAACUCCGAGCAGGAAAACCCCGAGGAUCGCGGCCUUCCGUCCUGAUGACACCGGCAGGAGCGAGCCGCGCCGCUUUGUUUAGCUAGCAUUGGCUAAGCUAACAAACGUCUCCCUAAAAUCGACUUAAUUUUAAAUGGAUGUCUCAGUUCGGGCAGAGUCAUUUCGGUUGAUUGGACCGAGGGGCUGUUGAUGAGUUUGCUGACUCCGAGAUGGACGGACGACAUCUCUUAUAGGACCGUGUCUGGCUGCGAAAACUGCUAAAGGUUUUCCAGGCACGAUGGAAGGACUCCAUAGCCAGAGUCUUAGCUUGGACCCACGGCGACAGGAACUUCUCGAGGCUCGAUUCACUGGAGUAGGUGUUGCCAAGACCGCCGCCAACAGCGAAUCCUCCAACCAGUCGCAGGGCAGCGUUGGGUCUCUGAGCGACAAGGAACCGGAGGCUGUGGAGAAAAAGGUAAACGGGAGAAGCAAGAAGAGAAAAGGCGACAUCUUGGACGGCAGCAGCCAAGGAAAGGGAAAGGGGCAAAAGCUAAAUGAUUAUUUUGAGUUUGCCGGUAGCAGCGGUUCUGGCACCAGUCCUGCACGAGGCGUCCAUUUGCUGCUGCGCUCCUCUUCGCAGUGUUCUCUGUCUUAUCCUCCGAACGGCAGCCCUUCAUCCAUAGGCUCCACCCACACCGACUCCUCUUCCUGCAGCUCCUUUAAGACGGCGCUUACAGCUUCCUGUUCACAUAAAGCAAUCCAGUCAGAUCUGACGCUGCUGAAACUAAAAGCAAUAGAGAAGGUCAAGAACUCCGACCUGGAGAGGACAGAAGGCAGGAUAGGCGACCUGGUGAGGUCUAACUGUGACUUGAGGCGGCAGGUCGAUGAGCAACAGAAGAUGCUUGAGCGCUACAAGGAGCGGCUGAACAAAUGUGUGAAGAUAAGCCAUCAGCUGCUGAUUGAGCAGUCAAAGAGGGAGAAGAUGGCCUGCAGGGACAAGAGCAUGCAGGACCGCCUGCGUUUGGGUCACUUCACCACCGUGCGCCACGGAGCAUCCUUCACGGAGCAAUGGACCGAUGGAUACGCCUUCCAGAAACUCAUCAAGCAGCAGGAGCAAAUCAACUCGCAGCGGGAGGACAUCGAAAGGCAGAGGAAGCUGCUGGGAAAGAGGAAACCUCCAAGCAUCCAGAUGCCUCCGCCCAGCAUGGAGCCGAACAAGAGAAAGAGCAGAAACAACGGCCAGGAGAACGAAACGUUGUCGCUGGCUGCGUACCGGGAACAAGAGGAGAUUUACAAACUUCGAAUAGGCCGUUUAAAAAAGGAGGAAGCAGAGAUCCAGACGGAGCUGGAACAGCUGGAGAGGGUUAGAAAUUUGCACAUUCGGGAGAUCAAGAGAAUCCACAAUGAGGACAACUCGCAAUUUAGAGACCACCCCACAUUGAAUGAGCGAUACCUGCUUCUACAUUUACUGGGAAGAGGUGGCUUCAGCGAAGUUUUCAAGGCCUUUGAUUUAACAGAACAGAGAUAUGUAGCCAUCAAAAUCCAUCAGCUCAACAAGAACUGGAGAGAGGAGAAGAAGCAAAACUACCACAGACACGCCUGUAGAGAGUACAGGAUCCACAAAGAGCUCGACCAUCCCAGAAUAGUCAAACUCUAUGACUAUUUCUCAAUCGACAGGGACUCCUUCUGCACGGUGCUGGAGUACUGCGGAGGCAACGAUCUGGAUUUCUACCUGAAGCAGAACAAGUCGAUGACAGAGAAGGAGGGACGCUCCAUCAUCAUGCAGCUCGUCAACGCCCUCAAGUAUCUCAACCAGAUCCGGCCGCCCAUCAUCCACUACGACCUCAAGCCCGGGAACAUACUGCUGGUUAACGGCACGGCGUGUGGCGAGAUAAAGAUCACCGACUUCGGCCUGUCUAAGAUCUUGGAUGACGACAGCUCCGCAGAUGGCGUGGAGCUGACGUCACAAGGAGCAGGAACCUACUGGUAUCUACCACCUGAGUGCUUCGUAGUGGGGAAAGACCCGCCCAAAAUCUCCAAUAAGGUGGACGUUUGGUCAGUAGGGGUCAUCUUCUACCAGAUUCUAUAUGGGCGCAAGCCGUUUGGUCACAACCAGUCCCAGCAGGAUAUCCUCCAAGAGAACACGAUUCUCAAAGCUACUGAAGUGCAAUUCCCCCCAAAACCCGUCGUCACUACAGAGGCAAAGGCCUUUAUCCGCCGUUGUUUGGCUUACCAUAAGGAGGACCGCGUGGACGUGCUGCAGCUGGCCAGCGACCCCUUCCUCAUGCCCAACAUCCGUAAAGCCCUGAGCGGUAACACGACGUCGGCGCUGCCCAGUCCCUCCACCUCCAGCUGCUACAGCAGCAGUGCCUCCAACUCCAGUUAGCAUGAAGGAAGGCAGCGGCGUGGAGACCCUUACACACUUCUGGGUGUGUAGCGCAGGAAAGAGGGGAUCCCAAAAGCAUGAAUGGAGCUGGGAUGGCGGAUGACGCGACGUGGUUUUAAAAAAAAAAAAAAAAAAAAAAGUGAUCCCACCACUGUUAUCCAGACGGUCUGAAUUGCAGGGCCAAGCCUCGAGCUGUGGGCUCAAGAGAACCCAAAGAUUUGCAGAUAUGCAUGCACUAACAUAAACCUCGGCUUACUCAAAGGGACUUUCUUCAUGCUUAAAACAAAGAGCGUUUGG